UCGGUCACCUGGAACCGGCGGCGGCAUUGGGUCGGUCCUGCUGGGCCUUGCUUCGGAAGCUCCGCCUCCGUUCGCGGUCUGUCGAGAAACCCCUCGGUGCCGGCCAGCGUCCCCGGCGCGCCACAGCCCCCGAUGGCGGAGACGACCCCGAACGGUCCCCAAGGGGCCGGCGCAGUGCAAUUCAUGAUGACCAAUAAACUGGACACAGCAAUGUGGCUUUCUCGCUUGUUCACAGUUUACUGCUCGGCUUUGUUUGUUCUGCCUCUUCUUGGGUUGCACGAAGCGGCAAGCUUCUACCAGCGGGCUCUGCUGGCAAAUGCUCUUACCAGCGCUCUGCGGCUGCACCAGAGAUUACCGCACUUCCAGUUAAGCCGAGCAUUCCUGGCCCAGGCUCUGUUAGAAGACAGCUGCCACUACCUGUUGUACUCACUAAUCUUUGUCAAUUCCUACCCUGUUACAAUAAUCUUCCCAGUCUUGCUAUUCUCAUUGCUUCAUGGUACGUACACGAAAAAGGUCCUUGAUGCAAAGGGUUCAAAUAGUUUACCUCUACUGAGAUCUGUCUUGGAUAAAUUAAGUGCUAAUCAACAAAAUAUCUUGAAAUUCAUUGCUUGUAAUGAAAUAUUCUUGAUGCCUGCCACAGUUUUUAUGCUUUUUAGUGGUCAAGGAAGUUUACUCCAGCCAUUUAUAUACUAUAGAUUUCUUACUCUUCGGUAUUCCUCUCGAAGAAAUCCAUAUUGCCGGACCUUGUUCAAUGAACUACGAAUUGUCGUUGAACAUAUAAUAAUGAAACCGGCUUGCCCCCUGUUUGUGAGAAGACUUUGUCUCCAGAGCAUUGCCUUUAUAAGCAGACUGGCUCCAACCAGUUGCGUAGUUUAACAUCCAGCUAAGUUGUCUAUAAUCUUUGCAUUUAUUAGCAGCUGGUAACUUCUAUUAGGGAUUGUUAAUUCCAAAUGUAACACUGACCUCAGGUCUGAUUUCCAUAAUUGACAUAAAUGCAUCUCAAAGGAAAUCAUGUACCUGGCAUGUUAAAUCAAGCCUUCUAAACAAGCUCCCGAGAAAAUUUUACUGUGCACUGUUGUUAAUUGUUAAGAACAUUUCUAUAUUGUGAUCAUUGUAUCUGGAAAUUUAGAUGCUGCUGUGCCUUUAUCAUGAAAUACAUUUAUUUCUUUUGUAAAAAGAGCUCCAAAAUUUGUUUUGGAUCUAAUUGGUAACCUGAAUUUAUAUCUGACCUGAGUUCAUUAUGGCGAUAAUAAUGUAGGUGAAUUCAGUAUAUUUGAGACAGUAUUUUGCCAUUCAGUAAUCUUGGUUCAUGAUUAUAAUACUGUAUUUAAUUUCAAAUUUAUUUAAAGUGAUUUUGUGCUGCUUUGUUGGAACAAA